UGGUUUCCCUGGACUGCAAGCAGUACACCUGCAGAGUAAGCUCCAGAAACCAGCAUGUCUCCUAUGCUCUUUGGUGCUGCGCUGGUGAUUCUGAAUCUGGUAGCCUCCGCUAGGACCCAGAAGACAGAGCCCCUAAGUGGCUCUGGGGACCAGCCACUCUUCCGUGGAGCCGAUCGUUAUGAUUUUGCCAUCAUGAUCUCACCAGGAGGCAUAGAAUGCUUUUGGCAAUUUGCCCACCAGACCGGAUACUUCUAUUUCAGUUAUGAGGUUCAACGGACACUUGGAAUGUCACAUGACCGCCAUGUUGCUGCCACUACAUAUACCCCACAAGGCUUCCUGAUAGACACCUCCCAGAAUGUUCGGGGUCAGAUUAACUUCUACACCCAAGAGACAGGUUUUUAUCAGCUUUGUCUAAGUAACCAGCAAAACCACUUUGGUUCUGUACAAGUGUAUUUAAACUUUGGAGUCUUCUAUGAGGGACCUGAGAUGAACCACAAAGAGAAUGAAAGGAAACAACUGAAUGAUACUCUGGAUGCAAUUGAGGAGAGUACCCGAAAGGUGCAGAUCAAUAUCUUUCACAUGUGGCGAUACUACAACUUUGCCCGCAUGAGGAAAAUGGCUGACUUUUUCCUUCUCCAAUCAAACUAUAACUAUGUGAACUGGUGGUCCACAGCCCAGAGCCUCAUAAUUGUUCUUUCUGGGAUCCUGCAGCUGUAUUUCUUGAAGCGUCUCUUCAAUGCUCCAGCAACUACAGAAACAAAGAAGCCAAGAUGCUAAGCUAAGAGAAUUACAGCAGUGUGGUUUUUCCCUUCUGGGGCAGAAAAUGAUCUAAUCAGUUUUGUAAAAGUAAUUGGAAAAAUCAAUUUCUCAAGCCAGUGUUUUAGUCUAUUGCUCUCAUCUGCAAAGACACAAUGGCAAUAAAAGAAAAAUAACA